AUGCAAAUGGAAAUGGAAUGGAGUCGUCGACUGAAGGACGUAUUCAUAUCGGUGUGUCGAAUAAUACUAACGCAGUUCUCGUUACCCGAUCUAGCACGUCGUAUAACGCGUGUUAUCGUUGACUGUCGACUUGAGUAUCGUUUCAAUGUGGAUGCGAUCGAUUUAAUGGUGAAGCAUGCGUUGAUACAAAUGAACCUUUACGAUCAACAUCUUGCACUGCUCAUUGAUGGCGGAAACAACUUUGAGGUUCGUUUGUUUCUUCUUCUUGUCGUUUCAUUGUGCGUCACUAAACGAUUAUCACACGUUCAGGCAACAUUAUUCGCUCAGCGUUUGGUGAAACUGAGUAUCAGUGGUGGCAGUGGAGCACGUCAACAGGUUCUCGAAGGUCUUCCGAUGACGCUUGAACAACUUUCAAAAAUUCAGCAAUAUGGUCAGAAUCGACCUACUCCAACGAUGGAAAGAUGUUCCAGUUUCCCGUCGGCCAUGUCGAAUGCAGUUCCGCACUCGGAAAGUCCAGUCGGCGGUCUGCCUCGAACUGGUAGUGUAAUAGCACCACCACAAAGUAGUCUAGCUGAUCGAACACACGCCGGAAAUUUCGGUGCGCUUGGAUCGAGUGGCCUCCAUCCGGGUGCUGCGAAUGCGGGUGUGGGUGGUGGUCGUGGAGAAGAGAGUCAAGUGGACACACAGAUCCCAGAAUUGCAGAGUAAAGUUGAGAUGAUUCUGAGGGAAUGGAUCCAACUCUGCUACACUCCGAUGGCACAGAAAGAACCGCAGCAAGCACUUGCCACCAUCGUUCAUGUCAUGCACGACCAAGGUGUGUUACAAACGGACGAAAUGAUAACGAGAUUCUUCCGACUAUGCACCGAGAUGUGUGUGGAUGUGUCGUAUCGUCUUCUCAAAAACGAAUCGCACGUUCACCAAGCUACUGUCGUUAGGCAGCGUUGUUACUAUACGUUGGAUGCUUUUGUUAAACUGACUUGUAUUUGGUCAGAUUGUAAUAGAGCAUCAAGUCGGGGUAAAAUCGGACUCGGAGGUCCUGAGGUCGAUAGUUUAGUGGAGAUGACGCAAGAACCGAAAAUGCACGUUAAUAUGGCCACGAUUAUUCCUGUUGAUUUGCGCGCACGUCUUGAUGACUAUCUUGCUACGCGUUCAUCUGUUGACUUUCACGCCAGUUUACCAGCGAUGUUACAGGUAAGUAACAUACCUGGUGCGAAGUACAAUACGACGGUGAUGAACGCAGUUGUUCUGUACGUUGGUAUGCGUGCAAUACAAGCAAUCCAAGAGAAGCAGCAGUGCAUUACAAUGAGCACAAUAGCGCACACCGCUUAUAUGGAUAUAUUUCAAAAUCUUGCUGUCAGCCUUUGCACUGAAGGUCGAUAUCUUUUAUUCAACGCGAUUGCCAAUCAGCUUCGAUAUCCCAACAGCCAUACACAUUAUUUCAGUUGCACACUUUUGUAUUUAUUCUUAGAGGCGAACACCGAAGUAAUACAGGAACAAAUUACUCGCAUAUUAUUCGAACGAUUAGUUGCUCUUCGUCCCCAUCCAUGGGGUCUGUUGAUCACUUUCAUCGAACUCAUCAAGAAUCCAAGUUAUGGCUUCUGGAAACACGAAUUUGUGCGUUGUGCUCCUGAAAUUGAACGGUUAUUCCAAAGUGUCGCAAAUUCUUGCAUCGGCUCGAAUAAUGCUCGAAAUGCGAAUAUAACAGCCGCGCAACGUCCAUCAGCACAAUCCGGCGGCGUUGGAUCAGCUCGUAGCAGUCCCGCGCCAUCAUCAGUUGGCAACAUCUAA